CGAGAGCGGUUCCUAUUUCCCGAAUGCCGCGUCUAAACAAUAGCUAAACAAAACCAAGAAAGCCCACUGUCGUUAAAUGAUUAAAAAUGGAGGAGGAAUUGCUACAAGGCAGGAAAAGUCAAUUAUAGUGAAUUUCUGUAUGAGUGGAGAAAGUGAGAUGAGAAGAAAACCUGUGGAUCAUCAAGAGAAAAGGAUGAAGGGGGAAAACGCUUCAUAGAAACCAUAUGCAUAACCAGCCAGAUUUAUUGUUCAGAGAGACAGUACCUUUUGCUGCGUCCAGCAUAUGGCCAACAGGAGUGAUGUCGGGAAGCCAUUUUAUGGAUUAUUUCAAUAUAAUUCCAAUAUGAUUGGACUAGAAUCAUUAGAUGAUCCCUCAGACACCUGGGAGAUUAUAGAGACUAUUGGAAAAGGCACUUACGGUAAAGUCUAUAAGGUUGCCAAUAAGAAAGAUGGGAGUCUGGCAGCAGUAAAGAUUCUGGAUCCUGUCAGUGAUGUAGAUGAAGAAAUUGAAGCAGAGUAUAAUAUUUUGCAGUUUCUUCCCAAUCAUCCUAAUGUUGUUAAAUUUUAUGGGAUGUUUUACAAAGCAGAUCAGUAUGUGGGAGGACAGCUCUGGCUAGUACUUGAGCUGUGCAACGGAGGUUCUGUCACGGAGCUCGUCAAAGGGCUGCUGAAGUGUGGCCAGCGGCUGGAUGAGGCUGUAAUCUCAUACAUCCUGUAUGGUGCUCUCCUGGGCCUUCAACAUUUACACAAUAACCGGAUCAUUCAUCGUGAUGUCAAAGGGAACAACAUUCUCCUGACAACAGAAGGUGGAAUCAAGCUAGUUGACUUUGGUGUUUCAGCCCAGCUCACAAGCACACGGCUACGUAGAAACACCUCAGUGGGAACGCCCUUUUGGAUGGCACCAGAGGUCAUUGCUUGUGAACAACAGUAUGACUACUCCUAUGAUGCUCGGUGUGACGUAUGGUCCCUGGGAAUAACAGCUAUUGAACUGGGGGAUGGAGACCCUCCUUUAUUUGACAUGCAUCCUGUAAAAACGCUUUUUAAAAUUCCGAGAAAUCCUCCUCCUACUUUGCUACAUCCUGAAAAAUGGUGCAGAGGAUUCAACCAUUUCAUUUCACAGUGUCUUAUUAAGGACUUUGAAAAGCGUCCUUCAGUCACCCACCUUUUAGAACAUCCAUUUAUUAAACAAGUCCAUGGUAAAGAUAUGUCUCUGCAAAAACAGCUGGCUGAGCUCAUCCAAGAACAGCAGCAGCUGGGCUCUGCAGACAAAACAAGGCACGAACGAAUGCAUACCAGAAGACCUUACCAUGUGGAUGGAGCUGACAAGUACUCACUAGAUGAUGAUCUGGUAAAUCUAGAGGUGCUAGAUGAGGAUAUGAUUAUCCAUCAACUGCAGAAACGCUAUGCUGACUUGCAAAUUUAUACUUACGUUGGAGACAUUUUAAUAGCCUUAAAUCCCUUCCAGAAUCUCAGCAUUUAUUCUCCACAGUUCUCCAAGCUUUAUCAUGGUGUGAAGCGUUCAUCCAAUCCCCCACACAUAUUUGCCUCUGCGGAUGCUGCCUACCAAAGUAUGGUUACAUCUAGCAAAGAUCAGUGCAUUAUCAUCAGUGGAGAAAGCGGUGCUGGAAAGACAGAAAGUGCCCAUCUGAUUGUCCAGCAUUUGACCUUCUUGGGAAAGGCCAAUAACCGUGCUUUGCGUGAGAAAAUUCUUCAGGUGAAUCCUCUGGUUGAAGCGUUUGGAAAUGCCUGCACUGCCAUCAAUGAUAACUCAAGUCGCUUUGGAAAAUAUCUGGAGAUGAUGUUUACGCCCACAGGAGCUGUAAUGGGAGCAAAGAUUUCUGAAUAUCUACUCGAAAAAUCAAGGGUCAUAAAACAAGCUGUAGGGGAGAAAAAUUUCCAUAUAUUUUAUUAUAUUUAUGCUGGCCUUUAUCAUCAGAGGAAACUUUCUGAAUACAGACUUCCAGAAAAGAAGCCUCCUAGAUAUAUUGAUAAUGAAACUGGAAGAGUGAUGCAGGAUAUUACUACUAAAGAUUCCUAUGGAAGACAGUUUGAAGCCAUUCAGCACUGUUUUAGAAUUAUAGGAUUCAGUGAUGAGGAAGUGCAUUCAGUGUAUAGAAUUCUGAGUGGGAUUUUAAAUACUGGAAACAUUGAGUUUGCUGCCAUUUCUUCACAACACCAAACAGAUAAAAGUGAGGUUCCCAACCCAGAAGCCUUAGACAAUGCUGCUGCCCUGCUAAGCAUUGGGUCAGAAGAACUUCAGGAGGCCCUAACCUCCCACUGUGUUGUAACACGAGGGGAGACUAUUAUCCGAACAAACACGGUGGACAAAGCAGCUGACGUGCGAGACGCCAUGUCCAAAGCACUUUAUGGCCGGCUCUUCAGCUGGAUCGUAAAUCGUAUUAAUACCCUGCUGCAGCCAGAUAAGAAUAUAUGCAAUGUUGAAAAUGGAAUGCAUGUUGGGAUACUAGAUAUUUUUGGAUUUGAGAACUUCGCAAGAAAUUCAUUUGAACAGCUGUGCAUAAAUAUUGCUAAUGAACAGAUCCAGUUUUAUUUCAAUCAACACAUCUUUGCACUUGAGCAGAUGGAGUAUCAAAAUGAGGGAAUUGAUGCUACCACAGUGGAGUAUGAGGACAACCGUCCACUUCUAGAUAUGUUCCUCCAGAAGCCGAUGGGCCUCCUUUCUCUGCUAGAUGAAGAAAGCCGAUUUCCUCAGGCAACAGACUUAACUUUAGUUGAUAAAUUUGAAGAUAACUUACGAUGCAAAUACUUUUGGAGACCAAAAGGAGUAGAACUGUCAUUUGGUAUUCAGCACUAUGCUGGAAAGGUGUUGUAUGAUGCCUGUGCAUUCCUGGAGAAGAACAGAGACACUCUUCCUGCUGACAUAGUGGUGGUGUUGCGAACAUCUGAGAACAAACUUCUUCAGCAACUGUUCUCUAGCCCACUAACCAAAACAGGUAACUUGGCACAGGCAAGAGCCAGAGUGACAGCAGCAUCUAGGUCUUUGCCUCCACAGCUGAGUGCUGGGCGUAUCAAGGUUGACACAAUGGAGGUGAUGCGACACCCUGAGGAAACAACUAACAUGAAGAGGCAAACUAUGGCUUCCUAUUUUAGGUAUUCCCUGAUGGAUCUUUUAUCCAAAAUGGUUGUUGGACAGCCUCACUUUAUCCGCUGCAUUAAACCUAACGAUGAUCGAGAGGCACUGACAUUUUCUCAUGAGAGAGUUUUAGUGCAGCUAAGAUACACAGGAAUUCUAGAAACUGUCAAAAUACGUCAAAAGGGGUAUUCUCAUCGCAUCCUCUUCGAAGAGUUUGUGAAAAGAUAUUACUACCUGGCUUUCAAGGCACACGAGACUCCUCUUGGUAGCAGAGAAAAUUGUCUUGUCAUUUUGGAAAAAUCUAAACUAGACAACUGUAUUCUUGGGAAAACCAAGGUUUUUCUAAAGUAUUACCAUAUAGAGCAGUUAAAUUUGUUCCUGCGAGAAGUUAUAGGUCGAGUUGUAUUAAUGCAAGCCUAUGUCAAGGGAUGGCUUGGAGCAAGGAGGUACAAGAAAGUGAAAGAGAAAAGAGAAAAUAGUGCUGUUACCAUACAGUCAGCCUGGAGAGGAUAUGAAGCUCGCAGGAAGUACAGGGAAAUAAGGAACAGAAGAACUGAUGCUGCUAUACAUAUUCAAGCAGCUUUCAGGAGAUACGUUGUUCGUAAAAACUGCACAAGAUUGAAAAACAGGCCUGGUUGUGUAGCAGAUCCUCAACACACGAGCAGCUGCUCUGCUUCUGAUUUUGACUGUGAAGAGCAUUGGCAGCAAACUGGUAACCAGUCUGCUCCUGUGGUGCCUGAUUUUCUUGACAAACAAACAGAAAAGGAUUUGGAUGAGAUUCCUGCUUCUCCAUUUAUUCUAAAACACUCAUUGGAAAUGAAUGAUACACAGUCAAUUAGCCAAUGCCAGUCAGUUCCAAAUCAUCAGUUGUCAAGUCCCUUGAGAUUCCACAAAAAAGGAGGUUCAGAAAACUGUCUUGAACAGAAGCUGAGAACACCUCGUCGACGAUGUCAGCAGCCCAAAAUGCUGAAUAGCCCUGAGGACAACAUGUACUAUAACCAGUUAAAUGGAACUCUAGAAUAUCAAGGGAGCAAGAGGAAGCCAAGAAAACUUGGCCAAAUCAAAGUGCUUGAUGGAGAGGAUGAGUACUACAAAUCAUUGUCAGUUGUUGAAUCUAUACCUGAAGAUGAAGGUUCCCUUAGUUCCCCAUCUCCUUCCUCAAGAGGAGUGUCUUUUGCUUGGAGCUGAACUUCACAAACUCUGUUCACUUAUUAAUGCUGAUGUAAAUUGUCCCAUGUAGCUGAAUUUCUGUAAGCAGUACCUCUAAAGGGGAGCAGCACUAUCUGUAUGUGUUGAUACUGGCCACAGACGCACUUCAGCAGCAAGGUUAGCUCAUACGGAUCCGGCUCCUUGUCCCCUCUCCCCGCCAGCUGCUGUUCCCACCCUGUGCCAUCCCUUCUGUUGUGCUAGCACAACUGCUCGUAGAGCUGUGUGGAAAAUAUGACCAAGGAACUGGUCUGGAAGCAUCAUAUGGGGUCACAGUCAAAAUGUUUUAUGUUUCGUUAGACUGAUUUAGAACAUUUUGUGUUAUAACUUCCUGUGCUUUGUGUGGCUUUUAACACUACAAAAAUGUAGAGGGUAAAACAAUCUCAAAUGAUGAAAGUGUAACUCAAAAAUUGCCUCAUGUUUUUUUCUUAUAAAGUAUUAGUUUACCAUAAGUUUAACUCAAAAAAUGAUUCCAAAUAUAAGAAGCAAAGCAGUUUUAGAGAUGUCAUUUGAUGUUUUUACACUCUACACAACCAGUUAUGAUUCAAUAUUCUUGUCCAUGCAAGUAUUUAAUUUCUUUCCUAACCUCUAUCUCUGUGCUCCAGUGAUUGCUGUAUUUCCAUGGCCCUCUUGUAUGUAAUAGGAAAAAAAAUGUCAACUGCAUUUUUUUCUAUUCACUUUUAAUGUUUUCCAAAUCAUUAAUGAAACAAUAUAUGACUUCCUGUCGAAUUCCAAUGUCAAAUACUUUGCUGGUAAAUUUUUCCAUGAGGAAGACUGCCUGUUUCGUCAUACUCUUUACCUUCUGUUUCUGAGCCACAAUUUUUAAAUGUGACAAUUCUUUGUUUCUUUUCCAAACAAACACUUACUAAAAAGUCUUGGAAAUCAAAUU